GCCAUGGAGACGGCGGCGCGCGGCCCGCCCUGCGCAUGCGCCCGCCCCUCCGUGCGUCACGUGUGGCGCUGUCCCUCCCCCGGAAGCGGCUAUGCGCGGGGAGCGCUGCGGCGGCCAUGGAGCGCUACGAGACGGGGAAGCUGAGCGCGGCCCCGGUGUCCGACUUCAGGCCAAAUGAGGGUUCAUUAACAUCAACUUUAAGAACACUUCUAUUCUUCACAGCUCUAAUGAUCACAUUACCUGUUGGGCUGUAUUUUGCAUCAAAGGCUUAUAUAUUUGAAGGUACCUUAGGAAUGUCCGACAGAGACAGCUACUUUUAUGCUGCCAUAAUUGCUGUAGUUACUGUACAUGUGGUACUUGCUCUCUUUGUAUACGUAGCGUGGAAUGAAGGUUCUCGACAGUGGCGAGAAGGCAAGCAGGACUAGAAUGAAGAUCAUUGUCAUCUGAUGCUUACAGACUGUGAAUUAAUUUUUUGUGAGCUGAAUGAAAAGCAUUCUUCAAAAUGUAUUAUACACAUGCACAAAGAUGAGGCUAAUGCCUCAACUCUAGGUAGAAUAAAACUUUUGCUUGUCUUAAAUAUGUACCAGUGUUUUCUCUAAUGCUGAUGGAGGUUGUUCUUUAGCCAGCUGUUAGGUCAAGCUGAGCAGGGCUUCACCUGGAAUCAGAAUGAAAUAAUUAUAUAUUUUUGGAAAAAAUCCUGUAGCUAUUUUUGCCAUUCCUAAUACUUUUUCUGGCUUGCUCUGAAAAUAUGUAUUUGUUUUCUUGGUUGUAUGUACAAACUUUUUGCAGUCAAAUCAUAGUGAGAUCUUUGUGUUGUAGGAUAACUUGAAUUUCAUGUCACUGUUGUACUGUUGUUGGCAAGCUUUUUAGUCUGUAGAUAACACAUUCUUCCUAAGGUUCCAGCAAUGCACAGAGCUUUCCGAAUGAUGAUGAUUACUGUUAAGCUGUCAUGCUUGAGGACAUCCUGUUGAUUCGAAUUUUCCAGUUGGCUGUGUUAGUUGAGCAUAUUUUGGAAAUGUUUCACUUAAUACAGGGCUUGGAAUGGUUUUGGUGCUACAUUUGUCUGUGGUAAGACUUAUCCAUAAAUGAGACCAAAAUUGGUUAUCUACGUCCAGUGGCUUGAGGAGUGUGUUCCCAGGUCUCAUUCCUCUCAUCUCCGUCCCAGUUCCAGGUGUGUGUAAGCACAUACACUGUGUCACCACUAAUGUGAGUCAAUUUUUACAUUUUGUUUCUGAAAUGUUAACUUUUCUUAUCCAGAAGCCUAUCAUCAGGUUGCUGCCAGAAAAUUGGAGAACAGUCUCAUAGUACCUGAAAUACAAAUUUAGUUUCUAUGUUGGCAUUUUGGUUUCAUGUUCUCUAGUAUCUGAACUGUACAUUGUAGAACAAAAAAGGGCCUUUUAAUAGAUAACUACCCUGCAAUACAAGAUACAGUAAACAAGCACCUGUGCCGAACAGUUUUUGAAUAAUCUCUUUAACACUGCUUAUGUGUAGCACAGCUUACAACAAAUAGAUCAACUGUAGCACAGUUCAGUAGCUUUGUUUUUAACUCCAUUUAUAGUGGAGAAUAAAUGGGAGUGUAAAUGCCAUCCUUGACUAUCUGGGUCUUGUGCUAUAUCUGUUUUAUGUUUCACGUACCAGAAUCCCUAGACAGUAAGUUAAUUUCCUAAGAAUAAUAGGUAAACAGUUGCUUAUUAUAAUUGUUUAGUUACAAAAAUCUGAGAAGUUUGGCAUGUGCUGUAAGUAUAGGCACUGUAACGUCUCAGCAAUUGAGGAUAAUAAGCUGAGUCUGAAUCCAUCCUCUUGAAGAUAUUUGAAGAUAAUGCUUUGAUCAACAAUGAUCUUGAGAAGAGAGGCAACACUUGAGUCUCUGCAUAGUAACAGCCACAUAGUAGGUUUUGUGUUGUCUGUGUUCGAAAGCUGAAAUGACCACUCUGGUGAGUGGUGCAGUGAAAGUAGUCAAGUGGUGGAAUUGCACCAGGACAAGGGAACAUAAAGAAUAGAAACUGCAGCCAUACAAUGUAGAGUGUACAUGGAGUAGAUACUCUACUGAGACUCCUGUUGCGUCUCACCAAUACUAAUAUUUAUUAUAUUUGAAGAGCUUUGUUGUGGUAUCUUUAGGUUGUUUCCUUUCAUGUACCUGAUGUUUCUGUUAAUGUCAAAGCUAAUUCUCAUGUCAAGUUUUUAAUUGUUUAAUGGCCGCUAGAGUUUAAAUAAUGUACUGUAUUGGGUUUGCACUGCAGGGUUUUGAUAGUGAGUGGGGGGCUGCAGGGAUGACUUCUGUGAGAAUCUGCCAGAAGCUUCCUCCAUGUCUGAUGGAGCCAAUGCCAGCCAGCUCCAAGGUGGACCCACCACUGGCCAAGGCUGAGCCCAUCAGUGAUGGUGGUAGCACCUCUGGGGUUAGCAUAGUUAAGAAGGGGGGAAAAAAACUGCUGCACAAUACCAGCUGGAGAGAGGAGUCAGCAUAUGUGAGAGAAACAAUUCUGCAGACACCAAAGACGGUGAAGAAGGAGCAGAGGUUCCCCUGCAGCCUGUGGUGCAGACCAGCAGCUUGUGGUGAGGCGAGCUGUCCCGUGCAGCCCUGGAGGUUCACGGAGAGCAGAGAUCCACCUGCAGCCCAGGGAAAACCCCACACUGGAGCAGGGGGAUGCCAAAGGUGGGGCUGUGACCCCGUGCAGAGCCCAUGCUGGAACAGGCAGCUGGCAGGACUUGUCACUGUGGGGGGAACCCACACCGGAGCAGUGUCUUCCUGAGGGACUGUCCUCCGUGGAGAAGAGCCUGCGCUAGAACAGUUUGUGAAGAACUGCAGCCAGUGGGAAGGACUCAUGUUGGAGAAGCUUGCAGGGGACUGUCUUCUGUGGGAGGGACCCCAUGCUGGAGCAGGGGAGGAAUAUGAGGAGUCCUUGCCCUGAGGAGCAAGGAGCAGCAGAAACCACAUGUGAUGAACUGACCACAACUCCAUUCCCCAUCCUCCUGCACUGCCUGGGGGCAGGAGGUAGAGAAAUUGGGAGUGAAGUCGGGCCUGGGAAAAAGGUGGGGAGGAGGUGUUUUUAAGAUUUAGUUUUUAUUUCUCAUUAUCCUGCUCUGAUUUGAUUGGUAAUAAAUUAAAGUUAAUUGCCCCAA